AUGCUACUAACUCGCCAUGUCCCCAUUCCUUGCCCACCUUCCCUUGUGCCCCCCCCCUCUUCCCAUCUAAUGGCGCAUCGCAAGGCAGCGGGCAGGCGGCACUCGUACGGCGGGCAGGAGCUCACCGCCAUGCACGCCGCACUCACACACCCGCUCGCCACCGCCCAUGCCAGUGACGCUGGCAGCAGCAGUGACAGCAGCACUGCCGGCAGCGGCACUGGCAGCAGGGGCAGCAGGGCGAGCAGGCGGCGGGGGGGUACGGGCAGCAUGGACGUCCCUGGCCGCCCCGCCACGGCGCUCACCCGCUUCAGCCGCCAUGCCAAACCCCCCCUCGCCACGCCCCCCUCCUCCCUCCCCCCCACUGCCGCUGCCACUCCCCUUGCCACGACCCCCCUUGCAUCACCGUCCGCCACCAGUGCGUUCUCAGCCCGCAGCCUCCCAGCUCAGGCUGAAGCGCCACCAUCCCACGCCACCCCUGCUGCUGUUGCUGCUGCUGCAGUGGGGGUGGCUGCUGGUGAGUUUGGGAAGACUGUGCGUGGGAGUGGCAAGGGGAGGGCGGGUGGGAGUGGCAAGGAAAGAGCGGGUGGGAGUGGCAAGGAGAGGGCGCGAGGCAUGAGGCAGAUUGAGGCAGAGCUACAGCAGAGGAGAGAGGCGGCCGCAGCCAAGGCAGCAGCAGGCACAGCAGCGACAGCAGAAGCAGACAGCGGGGCUAACGGGGCAGUGGAGGAUGAUGGGUGGGAGCAGCAGGUGGGGCAGGUGGCAGUGGUGCACAGGCAGGUGAGGGCCACAUCGCUGGCAGAGCUGUACCGAGCGGCGGGGAGAGGGGGCGACCUGGACGGCGCAAGGAACGUGGCACCGGCUCAUGCCCUCCCACAUGUGCUCGCUGCCACACCCGGCCCGCUGUGCCAGUCCAUGCCCUUGGAGCCGCACCUGGGCUUGCAGCCGCACCUUCCCACGCCCCUGCCUGUGUCGCCUGUCCCUGCUGCCCCUGCUGCCCCUGCUGCCCCUGCUACUUCUCAGUGCAUGGCAGGCACAGGCACAGGGCCAUCCCCAGGCAUCUCGCCCCCUUCCACCCUCUUUUCCACCACCUCUCCCCUCGCCGUCGCUCUGCCUCCCUGCAGUGCCACCGCCCCUUUCCCCCCCGCCUCUGCUCCUUCCCCUCCUGCCUCUGCCUCUGCGGAUUCCCCCCUUUGCCACCCCCCUCACACUGCGUCGUCCCCUCCUGCCGCGCGCCCACCCUCCCAUCGCGACCUGCUGGUGAGUGGCACAUGGACGGGUGGCAUCUCCCAACACCACACCACGCUCCAUACCCGUCUUCCACCCAUCAUCGGCCCCCUUGCAUCCUGCUUCCCCCUCUCCCCCUCUCCCCCGCCAUCGUCUCACCCUACCACUUCCCCCCCCCUCUCCCCUCCCUCUCCCUGCCCCUCCCCUCCCUCUCCCUGCCCCUUCCCCCCCCCUCUUCAGAGGGCGCGCAAGGCAGCACACAGCCGCCGCCCGCACUCGCUGGCGGGGGGGGAGUUUGCCACACUCAGGCUCGCCCACAACCCCACAGGAGGCUCUCCAGAAUCCACCACCGCUCUGCACCGCUCUCCCCUCUCCUCGUCCUCCCGCCUGAUACAUCCCGUUGCUGCUGUCGCCCUGGCCACUCUCCCCCGCCCCUCUACCUCCUCUCCUGCCCCUCCUGCUGACCCUUCUGCUGGUGCAGCGGAUGAGAGUGGGAGGAAGCGGCAGAGCAACAAGGGCAUGAGGCAGGCAGCUGGGGGAGGGGCGGUGGCAGCAGCGGUGCAGCAGUCAGCGGGAGCGGUGGUGGCAGCACAACCUGCCAUGGUGGAUAUUCCACGCGCUGCCACCACGGGCAGCAUUCAUACCACACCUGCCACCGCUGCUGCUGCUGCUUUAAGGACAUGUGGGUCUGACGAUGUGCCCUGCCCGCCCGCUCACGCAGAGCACAUGGCACAGGGAGGGGAGGGGGGCAUGCAGGGGAGGGAGCACGUGGCAGCAGUGCCACCAUCAGCAGGCGCAGCCCCCGCUCUUGCUGCCGGCACUCACAUGUCCCACCCCACUGCACUUGCCCAUGACCCAGCUGUCCCCUCCACCGUCCCUCGCCCUCUGCUGCACCUUGCUCCCACUGCCCUCGCCUCCGCUUCCCCUGCCAUGUCAGCUGGCUCUCCUGUGACGUCAGCAGGGUCGCCUGCCAUGUCAGCAGGAUCCCCUGCCUCCCUGUCCAAUGAGCACGCGCCACGUGGUGCACAGCAGGCAGCAGCGGUGGCGGAGCUGAGGAGCAAGCUGAGGGUGCUGCUGGCACCGCCACUUUCUGUAGCAGAGCAGGCAGGCAUGGGGGCGUGGGGGGUGGGGGAGUGUCACGAUGUGGCCAGGAAGGGAGGUGCAGGCAGUGAGGAGGGCCAAGUGCCAUCAGCUGUGGUGAAUGCACCACCUGCAACAGCUGGUCACUCAGGCUCUCUCCCACCUCACUCCUCUGCCGCACAUCCCACCUCUGCCCUCACUGCCACACACCGGCACCCCCCCUCGCCUCCUCUCCUGCACCGCUCGCUCUCAGACCCACACACACCGCGCCCCCCCACAGCGCCCUUCCCCCUCGUCUCUCCGCCCUCCCCCGGCACCCUCUCAGCGCCGCACUCGCCCGCCCCCCCGCCCUCUGCGCGCGCCCUGGGCUUUGCGUGUGCGCGCCGCCCCUUCAUGCUGCCGCCCGACUGGCACGCGCCCUCCGGUGCUGCUGAGAGUGGUGGGAGGCCGCGCACUGCAGAGGGGGAGAGAGGAGGGAGGGGCAUGCGGGCGUUCACGUCCGUGGGGCACCGGGGGUUGCUGCCAGGCAGCAUGCAUGCAGGGGAGGCGUCAGCAGCAGCAGGGGGCGCGGGCAGCCACUCCGCCCUGACCGCGCGUGAGGUGCUGGCAGCGCUGCGGCGCGUGCCGGGGCCGUACAGCUCGGGGCGGUUUGACGAGGUGGAGGGCGUCGAUGACGCACUGCUGGGCGCCGCCGCCACGCCAAGGGUAGUGGCGGGAGGGGCGCGUGGUGGCGGUGGUGGGCGGCGGAGGAGGAGGUUCAGCGUGCUGGCUGUGGCGCGGGAGGUGGUGGAGAGGGAAGGGGGGGGGGGAGAGGGGGGCAGUGGCGAGUAUGCGAGUGGAGGGGACGGGGAGAGAGAAAAAGGUGGUGGUGCGGAGGAGGCCGGAGGAGAAGAUCGGGAAGGUAGGGAGGACUCAGAGAGCGAUGGCGAUGGGGAGGGCGAGGAGGCGGCACAAAUGCGAAUGGAGUGGAGGCGGGUGAGGAAGGAGCGGCAGCUGGUGGAGCAGGAGAGGGGCGAGGUGCAACGCGUGCAGGGUGAGGUGGCACGCUUCAAGCAGUGGGCGCAGGAGGAGCAGCAGCGGCUGCAGGAGGAGAAGCGAAAGGUGGAGGCGGACAAGCAGCGCCUGGCGCCCUUUGAGGCGCGCCACCGCGCCUGCCAGCACCACAUUGCAGCGCAGGACGCCGCCACGGCCGCCCUGCGAGCACAGGCCAGCGCCGCCGCCACGGCCACAGGGCACGUGGCAGCGCACACGCACUCGCUGCGCUGCCACCUCGCCUCCUCCGCCCACCUCCUCGCCGCCACCAAGCAGCGCCUCGCUCACGACCGCGCCUCCGUGGCUGGCGCUCUGGCUCGGGCUGCCGAGGCUGAGGUGCGGGCGCAGGCCGCGGAGAGGAGGUUCGGGAAGAUGCCGUGGGAGGUGCGGAGUGGGAGUGGCGUGGCGCGGGCAGUGCAUGGUGUGGCGGGCCGGCAUGGGUCGCCCGUGCAGCGCCUGCACACCCCCGCCAUGCGCCUGGCACGCGUGGUGGCCGUGGCAUGGCGGGGCGGUACGGGUGAGGGGGCGGAGGAGGGAGCGGGGGUGGAGAAGGAGGAUUUGUGGGGCGAAGUGGGGGAAAUGGCCGAGGGGCGAGAGGAGGGCGGGCACAGGGGAGGGGAGGAGGGAAAGGGGAAUGCAUGGCAAGGGUGGAGUGCAAGCACGGAAGGGAUGGUGGUGGAAGAGGGACAGCGAAGGGAGCAGCGAGGAGUGGUGGGCAAGGCGCGUGGGUUGAAAGGGGAGCAGGUGGCAGGCGUGGCGAGGGAGGUGAUGCGCGCUCUGCUCCUGGCAGCCCGGGCGGCGAGCGACAACGCAUCUCGGCUGCUCUUCUGGUGGUCCAACACGGCCAUGCUGCGCUCCGCCCUGGCACCCCUGGUGGCGGAGGAGCAGAGGAGGAAAGGGGAGGGGAAGAAGGGUGAGGCGGCCACAGGUGAAGGAGGGGCGGCUGGUGGUGGUGUUGGGAGUGGUGCUGCUGCUGCGAAUGGUGGUGGUGCAUGCUGGCCUGGCACAGGUCAUGACGACCGGGGAGAGCACCCGGAGCACCCAGAGCGGCCUGAGGACCCGUGGGGCAGCUUGGCGCACCUUGAGUCGCAGCUGCUGCAGCUGGAGCAAUGGCAGCACAACAGGUGUCUGCAGCUGGUGUGGACACGUGUCUUCCUGCCAGCCAUGCAGCAGCGCCCCCCUGUGCUGCCGCCUCCCUUCCACCCGCCAUCACACACCCCUCCCUUCACCCCCGCCUGGUCCUCCGCCCUGCUGUGCGCCACCUCUGCCUGCCAGCAGUCGUACCUCUGGCCCUUCUCCGCCCCCACGCCCCCGCCACCCCCACUCAGAGCGGAGGAAGUGCAGGCGCCCUGGUGGGCGGGGCUGAGUGGUACAGAGCGGUGGGUGGCGGUGAUGCACGAGGCGGCUGCCAUGCUGUGCCCUCACAGGGCCAUGGGGCACCACUGCGGCUGCCUCUACCCGCUUUUCAAGCAGGUGCUGCAGCAGUGCCAGCAGCGGCUAGACGCGGCUCUGUUCAACGCGUUGCUGCGCUCCGGUAACGACGUGCUCUCCACCGACCCUGCUGCCGAUCCUCUCACCGAACCUGCCGCCCUGCCGUUCCCCGCCAAUGGCCGCUUCUGGGCCGGCCAAGGGGGGCUACUGAAACACACUACCCAUCCCUCACUGCCAUCCAGACCCAUCCCUCACUGCCAUCCAGACCCAUCCCUCACUGCCAUCCAGACCCAUCGCUCACUGCCAUCCAGACCCAUCCCUCACUGCCAUCCAGACCCAUCCCUCACUGCCAUCCAGACCCAUCCCUCACUGCCAUCCAGACCCAUCCCUCACUGCCAUCCAGACCCAUCCCUCACUGCCAUCCAGACCCAUCCCUCACUGCCAUCCAGACCCAUCCCUCACUGCCAUCCAGACCCAUCCCUGGCUGCCAUCCAGACCCAUCCCUGGCUGCCAUCCAGACCCAUCCCUGGCUGCCAUCCAGACCCAUCCCUGGCUGCCACUGCCCCAGUAUCCUCAUGUACCCUCAAUGUGUUCGCGCCUUUCCGCCAUGCCUCUGUGCCCUCUGUUACCCCCCCACCACCACCACGGCACCCCACGGCACGGCUCCAGGUGUCGGAGUGGAGUGAGUUCCUUGCAGACAUGGACGCACACGUCUCCUCACACUGCCACGCCGCCGCCGCCGCUGCUGCUGCCACGCAGCAUGCCGCCACCGCUGCGCACGCUUACCCCCCAUCGCCCAUCCUUCCCCCGCCCACCGUCCCGCUCUCCUUGCUCUCCUCCGCUCGCUUCUGGGCGGGCCAGCUGGAGCUCUUUGAUUGGCCAGAGGGCGCAGAGGGGCAGGGCGGGGCAGAAAAGCCGGGAUGCGGAAAUGGACUGGUGGGGCAGGGAGAGGGGUGGAGAGCGGUGACAGGCGGUGACGCCAUGGGAGAUGCAGUGGCGCGCAGCAUUGCUGGGUGUGAAGGGGGCACGGGUCAGAGAGGGUAUGACCCCGCGGCGCUGCUGCUGCUGGGAGGGCGCGAGGGGGAGGGGGAGGAGGGGAGAGGUUUGGUGCAGCAGCUGAUCGGUGGGCGGGCGGAGUGCUUCCCGCUGCUGCGCGCGCUGGCCCACGUGCUGCUGCUGCCCAAGAAGGCUCUCUGCGACCGCCCUGUGCGCCGCCAGGUGUACGCCACCAUCCCAGCGCCGCUGCUGCAGCGUGUGGUGAGCAUGUGUGUGGAGCAGCCGUCCCACCCCGACCCCAUCCCACCCGUGCUGCUCGACAUGCUGCAUGCCGAGGCCAACACCUCUGCCCACGCCAUCCACUUCCUGCCAGUCUUCGACCCUACCCCCCUGCCCCCCACGCCCUACCGCCCGCCGCCCACCUCCGCCCUGCACGCGCUGCUGGGGGCGGCUGCACCAGGCGCGGUGGGCGUGCAGCAGGGGGGGCUGGAGGGCGGGAAGGGGGCACGGCACGGCGAUUUGCCGAUGGAGUGA